AUGGAAUCAACUUCAACCGCCGGCCCGGGAACACAUAUACCAGACCCACCGUUGGAGGAUGAAGAGAGAUUUACAACUUGUAGCAGAGCCAAUAGUCUCAGCCUAGCAUGUGCACCAGGGUCACCAUCAUCAACCCCCCCAGACGGUUCCAUACAAAUUUGGAGAGACCAUGUUCAAGAAAUGCCAUUCCUUCCCGACCCACGACCAAGAUCUCUUACGCCAUUUGGAUUUUGCGACAAUGAGCCAGUCGAUGGAGCCCAAGGGCCGGUAAAGCUUCCAGCACUGUAUCAAUUAUCGCCAUGGUUCAAAGUUCCUCCUAAUAUUCGGCGGGAUAUUCUGCGUUUGGCGUUUGGAGACCGACGUCUACACAUGAGCCUAGCCUAUCGACACUGUUAUUAUCGUGGCUCUGAGAGUACAAAGACAAUCGAUGAAUGGAAGUGGUUUAGCUGUGUUUGUAGUAGACCAAUGUUACCAGUUCAGAUCCUAGCUCCUCAUGCCGAUAAAGCAGAAGAUCUCGGCCCUUGGACUGACAAUUGCAAGUCUUACGAUUCAGUGCGACAGAAGGUGGGCGUUAUUGGAUGGCUUCUCUCCUGUCGUCAAAAUUAUGCUGAAGGAAUUGACGUUUUGUAUUCAACUAAUUCCAUCGUCAUGUCUGGCAAGGCCAUGAUAGCCCACAUACCGCAACUUCUCCUUCCUCAAAGACUUGCUUCUAUGACUUCUAUCGAAGUCAGAUGGCCCAUGAUGCCAGAACCGCCUAGCAAGUUUGAAACCGAUGCCGAUUUCCUAUCUGAUGACUCCCUACCACCCCUGCCGGACUCGUUGGACUUGGGUGAUAUCAGUCUUGUUCUAGAUACUUUUUCACCCACACGAUUCCCAUCACUCCGGAAUCUUUACAUUUCCUUCGAGAAAUUAGAGAUUCACCUUCUUACAGCCCAACAUCACCAGAGUGGGACAGCCCUUCUCCCUAGCAACUUGUAG